AAUCUCUGCAAUGUCUCUAUCUCAGAAACAGCGUGCAUGUCAAAGUAUCGGGGGGAGUGGAUUUGUUAUCAGCAGCCUCACAGUAGGUGAUCUGGUCAAAGUGCACUGUGGUGAACUGUGGUUGGAAGCAGCGUACACUCAUCCAUUUAAAUUACCCUCAGAAUAAACUCCAGUAAGGUCGCAACGAUGACGAAAGAAAAAACCCAGCUGAAGGAGUUUUUAGAGGCUAUAAGCGUCCUGCAGUGGGUGCUAAGCUUUCUCUUCUUAGGACUGGCUUGCAUUAUCUUGAUGGUGUAUCUUAUGUUUACGUCUCUGUGGCCGCUGCCCACUCUUUACUUCAUAUGGAUGGUGAAUGACUGGCAAACUCCAGAAAGAGGGGGCAGAAGAACAGCAUUUGUGAGGAAGUGGAAGGUUUGGUUUCAGUUCAGAGAGUAUUUUCCAAUUAAGCUGGUAAAGACAGCAGACCUGAGUCCGAAUAAAAACUACAUCCUCGGCAGCCAUCCACACGGCAUCAUGUGCGUUGGAGCCUUUGCCUGCUUCAGCACGGAGAGCUGCGGCUUCGCCGAGACAUUUCCUGGAGUGAAGAGCACCCUGGCAAUACUGGCAGGCCUGUUCAAGAUACCACUCUUCAGAGAGUACCUGAUGAGAGCAGGCCUGUGUCCAGUCAGCAAGCCGAGCCUUGUCCACCUCCUCUCCAAAAGUGGUAAAGGAAAUGCAGUGGUGAUUGUGGUUGGAGGAGCAGCAGAGUCUUUAGCAUCUUCUCCUGGAAUCAACAGAGUGGUCAUGAAGCAGAGGAAAGGAUUUGUGAGGACGGCUCUUGAGCAUGGAGCAGAUCUGGUUCCUGUUUACUCGUUCGGGGAGAACGAACUCUUUCAGCAGGUGAUUUUCUCAGACGACAGCCUGGGCCGCCGGCUGCAGGACUUGUUUAAAAGCAUCAUGGGUUUUGCUCCGUGUCUAUUUGUCGGCGAGCGCUUCGCUCUGCUGCCCUUCAGGAAACCGGUCACUACUGUCGUUGGGAGUCCAAUCUCGGUGCCCAAGUGUGUCACACCGACUGAGGAGCAGGUUGAUCACUAUCACACGCUCUACAUGGAGGCCUUGGCCAAGUUAUUUCAUGAACACAAAGUCAGCUGUGGACUUUCUGAGAGCCACAAGCUUGAAAUCAUUUAAACCUUCCUCACUAAAACAUCUUUGAUUGCACUGCUUUACUGAGAAAGGAGUGUGGAGAUCAGAUCUGGGCUGAGACCACGAAUACUUCAGAAAAUAAUUACAAGAAAAUGAGAGAAAGGGAGCUUUUAAGAGUAACAAAGUGGGGAAGUGUAAUCAGCCUUAUUUUUUUUUGUGUGUUGAUGCACAACAAGAAGAUGCAUACUUGGAAAGAGAACUGGGUACAAUUUAUUUAGCAUUAUGCUCAUGAUUACAAUAUUUUGUUCUUAUUAAACACUGCCCUCUAUGUGCAGCCUGCUGUUCCAAUAAUCAAACAUAUACAUUAAAACUAGUUUUUUUUUUAAUGUGGAGAAUAAUUCAGCAUUGAUGUGAUGUAAACAGUUGCCUUACAUUAUGCAUAAAUCUACCUCAAAGGCAACGAGGAAGGUUCAUGAAAAAUCAUGAAAAAUCCAUCUUCUUUUGUAUUUGAUCUGAAUAAAGCAUAAUGUUUUAAAUGAAUAAAAUCUUUUUAAAAAGAUUGUAAACCACAGAGAUCUACCAAAAUGUUGCAUAGGGCAUGACAUUUACAACAUAAUUUGACAUUUGUGCUUCUUAUAUUUACUCCUGACCUACAUAGCUGGAAUAAAAAGAGCCACAAGGUUCAAAUUUUCUUUA